GGAGCCAGGCCGGUGAGAGAGUGAUGCUCCAGGCAGGUGCCAACAAGUGAGAGGUAGCCCCAGAGUGAGAGAGAGAGCGAGGGAUGGAGAAGAGCCUGUGAGAGCAGAAGACACCCAGAGCUCCGAGAGAAGACAACAGUUUGUGUGUUUCCAGAUUUCCUGCACCGGUCGUUCCUUCAUCUCUGCUGCCAUGCUCUGUCCUGUGCUGCUCUGUGCCGCUCUGCUCCUCCUGACGCCCCUGGACCUCACAGAGGCUCGCGCUCUGCAUCCCUCCACCGAUGCCGCGCAGUUUAUGGAGCAGUUUCUGGAACGCUACAAUGACCUUUUGACCCUGGACGACCUGGAGAACCUGUUAAACAGCCAACCAGAGGAGCAGUCCACCCUCUCCUCCGGGGUCAAAGCAGCCGAGUCCCCCAAAUUGGCCGACGCGCAAACGCAGCCCGAGACCCCCUGGCUGCGCCUGCUGAAGGGCGCCCUGGCCAAUCAGAAGCGUGCAGAGCCGGACCGCUCACGGCGGGGAUGGAACCGGGGAUGCUUCGGGCUGAAGCUGGACCGGAUCGGGUCCAUGAGCGGACUGGGCUGUUAG